AGAAAUGUCAUCAUCUACAAUGCAUCUUGUGAUGCUAAUGCAUGUUUGCAUUGGUGUUCUUGCUUCAAACAAUCUUGUCCAAUCUUCAAAAUUCUCAUCCCUACUUGUUUUUGGAGAUUCUACUGUUGAUCCUGGUAAUAACAAUUACCUGCUAACUAUUUCUAAGGCUAAUUAUUUUCCUUAUGGCAUAGAUUUCCCAGGGCAUGUACCCACAGGGAGAUUCAGCAACGGAAAAUUGGUUCCUGAUUUUCUUGCCUCUGCCUUGAACAUCAAAGACACUGUUCCUCCUUUUCUAAAUCCAGACCUAAGUGACCAAGAACUUCUAACAGGAGUUUCUUUUGGCUCGGGACAAUCUGGUAUUGAUGAUUUCACUGCAUCUCUCACUAAUGUUUUAUCGAUGGACCAACAACUUCAAUAUUUCAAAGCUUACACAAUGAAGCUGAAGCAAAUCGUAGGAGAAGAUCAAGCCAUGCAAAGACUUCAUGAUGCUCUUGUUCUCAUCUCUGUUGGUACUAACGAUUUCAUUUUGAAUUUCCAUGACUUCCCCUCUCGACGACUCAUGUUCAUCACCAUCGAUGCUUACCAAGAUUAUUUGCUUGAUAAGUUUGAGGUCAUCAUUAAGGAACUAUAUGACCAAGGAUGUAGGAACAUUGGUGUGGCCGGGCUUCCUCCCCUUGGUUGUGUGCCUCUUCAAAUGACCCUAAAACUCAAAAUUGAUAGGCAAUGUUUGAUGCAUCAGAAUACUGACAGUGAGAAGUAUAAUCAGAAGUUGGCUCAGAGACUCUCCCUGUUACAAGCUACACUCCCUCAAAGCAAAAUUGUAUAUGGAGAUUUGUAUCACCCACUACUUAACCUUUUUACUCAUCCUCAACAUUAUGGUAUGGAGGUAACAAACAGAGGGUGUUGUGGAUCAGGUUACUUGGAAGUGAUUGAGAUAUGUAAUGCAUUUACACCUCUAUGCAGUAAUCACUCAAAGUAUGUAUUCUGGGACAGUGUUCAUUUAACAGAAGCAUCUUACAGUUAUCUUGCAGACUAUCUUAUAAGAGUAGCUUUGCCCUUAUUCUUCAAAUAGUAGUGAGAACUAUGACAACUU